GAUGUCUCAGGACAGUGACAUGUGGAGGAAGGAUUCGAGUCUGGGUGAUGAGCUGGCAGCUGUGAGGCAGCAGAAGCUGGAGCAGCAGAGGCGCCUGUUUGAGAAGAAGCAGCGGCGCAAGCGCCAGGAGCCACUGAUGGUCCAGGCCAACCCCGAUGCUUCCCUGCGGCCUCGGCGACCCCGGCGGCGGGAGGAGCGCGGCCCUGGGGAGAGUGGUCCCGGGAACCCCUUUCUCUUGGAGAACGUGCCGGAGGCACACCUACGGGCGGGCAUCCGCAGCAUCCAGAGCAAUGUUAAUUGCGGCGGUGACUGUGGCAGCGAACGCACCCUUCGCCAGAUCCCAGCUGGGGCUGACAGCUCGGACCCAGAACUGGAGGAGGUCUCAGUGGAGGACAGCCCGGUCUCCCCACCUCCCAGCAAGGAGCUGCCUGGGACUCGGCGCCGGGGAUGGCCGGCUCGGCAGCGGCAAGGGAGAAUGGACAGUCUGCGGGAAGGCAGGUCCGCGAAGACUCCGGUGCACACAGCAGAGAAAGAGAAGGCGGUGACGCCAGAGGAGGAGCGGGAAGGCCAGAACCCCGAAGUCGCCUCUCUGUCUUACUGGGCAGAGCUCGAAAGCCCCACAGAGUCCCAGACCGCGGACGAGGAACUAAGAGAGCCUAGCCUGGGCGGUAGCCAAGGAUCCCAGAACGAUUUGACGGAGAAAAGUAGGCCUUCGAGGCCAGGACCGACACUGCCGCCGCCACCGUUGCCCCCAGAGGAGGAGGAGGAGGAAGAGGAGGCAGAGGUGGCGGACGGUGAGGAGAGCAGGAGCUACGAGGCUUCAGAUUCGGGAAUAGAACGCAGCUUGCCGCGGGGCCGGGACCACGGAGACUCAGUGUCCAGCAAGGAUGAGGAGGAGGACGAGGAGGAGGGGGCUGCGACCUUGGCGCUGGAGUCUCCCGAGGGCCCUAGGGCCAGGACUGGAGCCGGGGACACGGGAAGAGCGCCGCGCUCCCCGCCCCGCGCCCCUGCCCCGCGGCCCGACGAGGACAUGGAAGCAUACGUGCUGCGGCCGGCUUCUCGCGGCCGGACCGUGCAGUGCAGGAUUAGCCGAGACAAGCGGGGUGUGGACAAGGGCAUCUUUCCCUUCUACUACCUCUACCUGGAGACGGUAGACGGCAGGAAGCAUUUCCUCCUGGCUGGGCGCAAGAGGAAGAGGAGCAAAACCUCCAACUACCUCAUUUCCCUGGACCCCACGGACCUGUCCCGAGAUGGGGACAACUUUGUGGGCAAAGUCAGGUCUAAUGUCCUGGGCACAAAAUUCACCAUCUUCGACAACGGGGUGAACCCAGAGCGGAAAACCUUCAUGCCGGAGUCUACCCGGAUCCGGGAAGAGCUGGGGGCUGUGUGCUAUGUGAGAGCUGAGGAAACCAACGUGCUGGGCUUCAGGGGCCCACGGAAGAUGACGGUCAUCAUCCCAGGCAUUGACUCCCAGAACCAGAGGCUGAAAGUCCAGCCCCAGAAUGAGCAGGACUCCCUUCUGAGCCGCCUGCAGAGAGGGGCCAGCCAAGGCCUGGUCCUUCUACAGAACAAGGCCCCGUCCUGGAGUGACGAGAGUGGUGCCUACGUCCUCAACUUCCACGGGCGGGUGACUCGGGCCUCUGUCAAAAACUUCCAGAUUGUGCAUCCAGAUGACCCUGACUACUUGGUGCUACAGUUCGGCCGCGUGUCUCCGGACACGUUCACCAUGGAUUUCCGAUUUCCCCUCUGCCCCCUCCAAGCCUUCGCCAUCUGCCUGUCCAGCUUCGAUGGGAAGCUGGCGUGUGAGUGACGCCCCCCAACCCCGGCCCACGUGGGGCUGGUCCCCAAUAAAGUGCUACCCUCCCCCCAUACAA